GAACUGCUGCCUUGAUGACCGCAGCUCUGGCUGCCGUCUGUCUGUGCGUCCAUCGCGCUGCAGCAGAGCCGGCCGGAGGUCCUUGGCGCCCGUGAUGCCGUUCCCACUGGUGGCGAACCAGCCACACCGGCCGUCGGCCUCCAUUCUCCGGUGCUGCGGUGGAGAACCAGAUGAUGGCAUCGAGAGAAGGGGGAGGAACAAAGGUCGGCUCGCCGCGUCGUCGCCUUCCUCACCUAAUCGGGUGGCAGCGGAUCAGGGCCGGGAGUACUGCGGCGGACGCGGCACAGGGACGCCAGCCGGUGGCGAGAUUUGGGCGUCCCUUCCGCCGAGUACGCAGAGCAUCUCCUCUCGCCGCUGCCAGACCGCUGUCCCUGUCCUCCGCCGAAGCCGGUGGAUUUCUGAGACACCUUCACAUCGAACGUGCUCUCAAUCUGGAACUGGGGCGCAACGGAGGCCUCCGAGGCUCCCGCCUUCGACGGUCGACGCCGGGAGUCGGCCGCCGGCGACCGGAGAGGCCAGCGGCCACCGUAGCCUCCGAACCGUGGUUUCACCGCGCCGUAUCUCAAUCCAGACCGCAGAUAUAAGAUCCAACGGUCGAGGUUGCCUACAGACCGCGGUCAACAAAAUUUUCAUACUACACUCUCAUCUGGAUCUGGAUGCAGCUCCUGCGUCAGGGCCGGAGCUUUCAGAUUCGGGCUCCAGAGCUGAUCACUUCAGGGUGUUUGUCUGUCCUCGUCCGCGGGCACCGACGCCGUGGUAUCUGCCGGUGCUGCUCCAGCAGCAGAGUCGCGACUAGCUAGAAGCAAUGGAUGUUAAGAGUAGUGCUGCAUCAAUGCAUCAUAGUCUCUUUGUCCUAUAAACCAAGAAUCUAUGUAGUUUAUGUAUUAUUUUUUCUUGUGUUGAUUUCAUUUGAAAAGUUUUGGUGUGAUUUCCUGCAUUUCAUCCUUCUUUAGACAAUAACUUUUAAGAUUAGAUAAUAACAAUUUCACAUA